UCCUCAAAUAUUUUCACAUUUAAUUUCAUAUUCAUAAAGGGUUUUUAUUAAAUUUCUACUUCAGUAAUUAAGAGGCUGCUUGCCGUUUCCUCCUUGUGAACGUUUGAACUGAUAUACGUAAUUGCGUUCUUAUUAUACCUGUACUGUUUUUCAUUGACUAUGCAUACAUUGAUUUCAUCAUCGUAAUCUUGAUUCAUCAAAUUAAAAAGAUUGUUAAGUGUCGAUUUAAUGAAUCGAUCAGCAGACUGACUGUUACGCUAACAUUAAAGUCCUUUUGGGCAAGCAGAGGCUGGUAUUAUAAAGUGGUUUAUUAAUCCAUCAGUCAGUAUACUAAAUUAACCAGACCCACAUUGUUAUUGCAGUGUAAACACAUCCACCUAUCGAAUUCCCCGUUAUUUAUAUGUGAUACUGCAUGACGGAAACCGCUGGAACAGGGGGCCUCGCGCCCCAAAAUGGGGAAAUAAUGGAAGAUCCCUACAAGAAUAAUAGCGUGGGUGGCGAAGUGUACAGACCAUUGCCGCCGACACCGACAAACUCCCUGAAGAUGUCAUCGAUGGAGGAGGAAAGCGUUCGGGACAGGCUGAGGACUUCUCUGUUGAAACAGUGUUCCGACAUUCUGAAAGCGGACGGAGCGACUCGAUACACUCGCGAUGCCUUCAGGAGGCUGUUUCAGGACAAGGAACUGCUGCAAAGACUGUUUCAACUGUUCGACCAGGACCGCGACAGCCUUCUGGUGCAGGAGGCCUGGGUCGAGUUCCUCAAGGAGCGCCUAACGGACGAGAAACAGAUCGACUUCGCAGAGCAAGUCGAGAGCGUAGCCUACGUUCUGUGUGGUGAAGAUGCCAUCACUCUAGAAAAGUUCUACCAGAUUUUCCAAGCGAAAGGGAUUGUAGACAAGUUGUUUCGGCUGGUGGAUCAGGAUCUAGACGGGAUGGUUACGCCUGGUCAAGCCAUGGAGUUCCUAGCUAAUCUCAGCAAUGCUCGGCCUCGGUCUGGGAUCGACAAGAGCAAUUUGGAGUGGCUGGAGCAGCUAUUCCGACAGACGGUGGGCAACGAGCGAGAGAUACGUCGCGAUGACUUCAAGAAGAUCGUCAUCUCCAAGAAUCCAUUCUUCACAGAACGAGUGUUCCAGAUCUUUGAUAAGGAUAAUUCAGGUUCCAUCUCUCUACAAGAAUUUAUUGAUGCAAUGCACCAGUUUGCUGGCCAGUCCCCAGAUGAUAAAAUCAGGUUCCUCUUCAAGGUGUAUGAUUUAGAUGGAGAUGGUCUGAUUCAGCAUCGGGAACUACAACAUGUGAUGCGAGCAUGCAUGGAAGAGAAUGGCAUGAAGUUCAGUGAAGAGCAGAUUGAUGACCUCACGAUGGCACUGUUUGAAGAUGCUGAUUCAGAAAACAGAGGUACUAUUACAUAUGAAGCACUUAAGAACCAACUGGAGAAACAUGGAGGAUUACUGGAAAACUUAUCAAUCAGCAUUGACAGGUGGCUGGUGCCACCCAAACCAAAGCCACCACCGCGCUCCCUCUUUGGCAAAAUCUCUGCAUUGUGUCCAUACCAACUGUCAAGACAAUAUGUGAAGAACAAUUAUGUAUAUCUUAUCUUCCUGGCUUUCUAUGUGCUUGUAAAUGUUGGCCUCUUUGUAUCACGGUCUAUUGAGUACCGUGCCUCUAAUGGAUAUGUCAUUGUUGCCAGGGCUUGUGGGCAGUGCUUGAACUUCAAUUGCAUGUUCAUACUAGUACUAAUGUUGCGCCAAUGUAUCACAUUUCUGCGAACGCAUGGAUUCAGCGUCAUUCUGCCUCUUGACCACCAUAUAUACUUCCACAAAUUAACUGGAGUUACAAUCAUCAUACAGAGCAUUGUCCACACCAUAGUGCACCUGCUCAACUUCAGUUUGAUUGUCGUUAAUGACCCAGUUACUAAUAAAAACAACUAUACACUCACUGAUUGGCUGCUGACAAGUAAACCUGGCUUGUUUGGCUUAGUGGGAGGUGUUGCUAACCCAACUGGAGUGGCGCUUAUCAUCAUCCUUUUGGUCAUGAUUAUUUGUUCACAGUCCUUUGUUCGGCGUGGUGGAUCUUUUGAGGUUUUCUAUUGGACACAUCUGUUAUACAUUCCAUUCUGGCUGCUGGUCAUCUUCCAUGGUCCCAACUUCUGGAAAUGGUUCAUUGGUCCGGGAAUCUUAUAUGUAAUUGAGCGUGCUCUUCGCUUAGCCUCAAUGCGCACAGACCGUGGUAAAACAUACAUAAGCUCUGGACUGUUGCUUCCUUCUCGAGUGACUCACCUUGUCAUUAAGCGCCCUCCACACUUUGAUUUCCAUCCUGGUGACUAUGUCUUUGUCAACGUUCCUGCUAUUGCCAAAUAUGAGUGGCACCCAUUCACCAUUAGCAGUGCACCUGAGCAAGAGGAUUACAUGUGGCUCCAUAUCCGAGGUGUGGGAGAGUGGACAAAUCGCUUGUAUGACUACUUUGAACGUGAGCAGGAGAAACUGCACAGUGUUGAAGAACAACUGGCUGGGAACAGACAACUAGCUGUCAAUGUGACACCUGAACCUAAAGGCAUCAAGAGACUGCAGGCCUCAAUCCAGAGAAAGUUCACAGAUCGUGACAGCUCCACCAGUAGUAAAAGUAAGGGCAUGGAAGUCAUAAAAGAGGGAAGUUCUCCUCGAACUGGCUAUAUGAAUGAGAGUUCAUCCAGUGACAGUGACUUCAAUCUCAACUCAUCAAUGCCCCAUCACUCCGAUAUCGACAUCAGUGGCCCGCACGCAGGAAAUAAUGACUGUACAAGUCUGACAGGUCCACCCCGAAAACUGACUCCAGAGAAGAAGCUUCAUAUGUUACUGAUGACCAAGAAGUCUCCAUUAUCAAAGUCACUGUCCAUGCCUGACAUAGAGACACGUGUGAAAAAAAGGGAGCGACUCAUGGCGCUUCGUGAAUACAUGCGUUCAGAGUCAGAGAAGAGUUUUGAUGAGUGCCAAAUUCGUCGGGCUCGACUACAGUCACUAGGCCUGGCGUACCUGAGUCCACAGAACAAAUCAUUAGCACAGAGUUUCCGGUACAUGCGGAACAAACCUACAAUCAUUGCCUUCAAGACUCCAAGCCUUGAAAAGUGUGAGGCUACAGUAGCUCUCCUCUCUAGCAGCAGUUCUCAGAAUCCUGAGAGAGCAGCUGAAGAAGGCAGAGCGCCUGCAGUAGUGAAGACAGGCGCUAAGAGUGAAGAAGACAUUAGCAUGGAGGUUGUGACUGUGAAAUCUCCCAUUACCUCAAUGAACUAUCCAGUUGGGAAACCUCUAGAACCAAUCAAUGAAGAAUGUCUUACUGAAUCUACAGCACAGAGUAUAGGUGUGGAGAUCUACUUGGAUGGCCCAUAUGGUGCUCCUUCAAGUCACAUAUUCCGAGCCCAGCAUGCUGUGCUGAUAGCAACAGGAAUUGGUGUCACUCCAUUUGCCUCCAUCUUGCAGUCCAUCAUGCAUCGAUACUGGAAAGCACGUCACUGCUGUCCAAGGUGCAAGUUUGCUUGGGCCAGUGACAUCCCUGCCACAGUCAUGAACUUACGCAAGGUGGAUUUCUUCUGGAUCAACCGAGAUCAGCGCUCAUUUGAGUGGUUCGUAAAUCUGCUAUCACAGCUUGAGAUUGAGCAGGCAGAACUUGGUGGCGCCAUGGAGAGAUUUCUCGAGAUGCACAUGUACAUCACUAGUGCCCUACAGAAGACGGAUAUGAAGGCAGUGGGGCUGCAGCUUGCACUUGAUCUUCUGCAUGAGAAGGAGAAACGAGAUUUAAUCACUGGUUUAAAGACACGAACCAAUGCUGGACGUCCAAACUGGGACAAAGUGUUCAAGCAGCUCCUGGACCAGAAAAAGGGGAAGGUGACAGUUUUCUACUGUGGACCACCACAGCUGGGCAGGAUACUGCGGAUCAAAUGCGACCAAUUUGGCUUUAGCUUCCGUAAGGAGGUCUUCUGAGGUCAAACCAUGCUGAUAUUGCUGGCAGCUCUGUGCAGAGGAUGUAAAGUUCAGAUGAAGAGAAAAAUCAAGUACAGGUAUUUGUGUAUAACAAUAAUGUUAGAACAGAAAAAUGAGGACUAUUAACAAACAUGUAUGUUAAGAUAGCAAGGAAUAUAUUGAUUCUUGUCUCAUGAAAAGUUCAUAAAUAAGGUCUGAAUCUUAAUUUCCUACACACUGAGAACCAUUCAUCUUUUUCAUAAGAAGAAAAUCAAAAUUCAUAUUUUUGGUAGAGUAAAAAAUUUUGUCAUUUUACUGGUUAUUUAAUUUCGGUUUUCCAUUUGAGAUGUGAAUACUUUUACUAUUAAACCAGCAGGACACUAUUAAACCACCAGUAUACCAUGCCAGUGACCAUAAAACAACACUGUAAUUUAUCACCUAUUAGUGCUUCCGCGUGCGUGCGUGUGCGUGUGUGGUUUUUUUUUUUAUGGUAAUUAAGAUGUCACCUUCCUUUUGAAAUUGUCAUAGUUAAAAGUUCUCACAUGUACACUGAGUGAUUCAGUCUUCAUUCCAGCAAGUUGAUGAAGAAUUUUAGAUAUUCUUUUCUCAGUGAAAGUUGGUCCAUAUAUUUGUAGUUUCUUUCUACCAUCUGUUAUCAGCCUGACAAAGUUAUUCCUUUGUUAACUAUUUAGGAUGACAUAUAGUUUAAAAUGCCAGAGAUAGUUUAAUUAAAGAGUUUAUUGCACCAUGUUCUUUUUAAAGAAGUUUCUGAUGUGUUGGAGGAACAUAACUGCUUCAGAUUCAACACCAUAAUUCGUUUAGAAUGUCAGACCCAUCGAUAUCAACUCUGCUCUUCCAGUUCAACUGCAUGUAAGUUAAAUGAUUUGAUAAUAUUUUUAAUUGCAUCAAUGAUAAAUUAAAAAAUAAAUAUGAUAAUGUAAGUAAAUUAAAGGAAACGUUUAUUAUAGUAAAAUAUUACAAGAAGUUAAAGGAACUGCAGUUAAAUUCAGAAUAUGGGUGCUGUGCAUUCCUCUGAAGUAUCAGAAGUUUCUGUCAUAAAAUGCAGGCUUAAACUCGGAAGGCUUAAUCAUUCAUGAGUACUGCUGCAGAAUCUGGAAAUAUAAUCAUGAUGUUUGUUACAAACAGCUUUGCUGAAAGGAUUCACUCACUGGCUUCAUCUAUAAGUUUUCCAAUUGGAGUUGGAAAUCAUAAUAUGAAACUAUUCAAAGUCGGAUACUUUACUUCAAGCAACUGAAUAAUUUAAUAUUAGAAGCGCUGUAUCUGUAGAAGUGAAAAUAACUUAAACUAAUUUGUAAAUCUUUUAAAUAUUUUACAGUUAGUAACUUUUGAGCUUAAAUAUUGUUGACAUUUAUAUAACUUUACAAGAAAUGAGGCUAAUGCAUGUGGAAGUAUGGAAGGAAAAUCAUGAAGAUCUUUUAUAAAGCUUUACGAGUAAAUGGGCUUACAUUAAGAAUAGUCAAAUGAGGUUUUUGUUCAAAUACAUUUUGAGUAUUUGAGGUUUAAACGCCUUUUAAAGUAGUGAUGCUGAAAUUUAAAAUUCAGUGGUGAAUAUUUCUAGUGAACUUACUCCAGAGUAAAGUUUGAUAAAUGCUUAAGGGACUUCAAGUCUAAAUAGAACCUAGAAAAAAUAAACUGGUGAAAACCUAUGAAUUAUUACAGUAUUAAUACAACUUAAAAUACAACACUCACAACCAGUAACAUUCAAAAGUAACUGAAAUUUGUAAAAGUAACAAAACAAUACAUGAUAUGUUAGCAUGAAUAGAGUUACUGGUUCUUAUUUAUCGCAGGUUUAUUUAUUUGUUUUGGAUUCAUUUAAUUGUUAUUAUUUCAAAUAAGUUUGUUUCUUUCAGUUGAUAUCAGUAAAAGAACAACGUCUGAAGGAAAAAAAUAUACAUUAAAGUGCAUUGAAAUUAUUUGUGGUGAGACAGGCACUAAAUAGCAAUUGCAAGAACAGGGACUCACUUGAUAAUAGAAGUCAUUUCACCUUUCUCUAAACUCAUAUAGUUUCUUCCCUUUAUACUCCAUCAUUUUAACUCUAAAAUGAAAGGAUAUAAAUUUUAUGUGUAUUUUGUAUGGUGUUAAUACUGAAGAUUGUAUAUCUAGAGACAAGAAGAACUCUGGUGCUGUUGAAAUUUAUUCAUGGUUGUGGGGAAGUGGUGCUAUUACAGCAUCUUUGGAUGCUGAUUGUGAUAUAGAACUGUGGAAGGGGAAGCUGAUAUUAAGUAGUAUCAUUGGUAAUAUUUGCCAUCAACAUUAAUACAAUCAGCUUGUCAGAAAAGGGGUAAAAUUAAGUUUUACUGAAGAAAUUAUUGCUCUAAAAUUUUAAUGUCUUUGCUGUGGUUUAAAGUCCAUUGUUAACUGUAUGUUUUAGAUGGAGGAACUUUAUUUUCUCUAACUAUGGAGAGAUGUAAGUUAAUUUUUUCAAGAGUAUGAAUUUAAUUAAGUGAGAGAUGUUACCAAGAUGGAAAUGAGGUACCGAUCAUUCUGAAAAUGUGUCAAAUGUGUGUGAUUGAUUGUAGAAUUUAUCUUUGUUUUGUGGCUUCUAGAGUGACAACAUGUACUAAAACUGUCUUAGCUCAGCAGCUGAGACAUAGCUAAAGAUGAAAUUGUACUUCUUGAGACUGUAACCCAAGUCUGGAGAAGUGGCUGCAUGUCACCAACUUAAUUACAAGAUUAAUGAUAUUUUCUUACAUGAAAUAAUGGAGUUUUAGUCAUAAAAUUACAUCUUUAAAAAAGUGCCUAAAAUUAAAAAAAAAAAAAGUAUAAUGUAUAUACAUUCCAGGUACUUAAUGUGUUUUAAAAUAAUACCUAUUGCAGUGUGUGAUGAUGUCAGUGAUGUACAUAAAAAUGUGACUAGUGUUCUGUGUAUUUAUGUGUACUGAAUGAUCUUAUGUAAUAUUUAUUACGUAGUUUGUUGUGAAAAGUAUAAUUGUGUAGUGCAUGUGUUUUACAUUUGUAUGAGUGUAAAUUUCUUAUAAGGGCAGUGUAAUAUAUAGGAACAAUAUU